AUGGGAAAAUUGUGGAACUUAAUUAAAUCUCAGCUUCUUAUACUUAUAAUGAGUUUGCUUUUAAUGCUUCAGUGCAUAUUUGGUUCUGAAGAAUACUACUAUUUGUUUGUGGUGUUAGUAUUAUAAAUUACUCGUAUGGCUUGGAAGUAUUAUGGUGCAUAGUAAUUUUAAAUGGUACUAAUCAUUUAAUAUUUGGGAUACAUGACAGUUCUGUAUUUGUGUAGUAAUACGGAUGUUUUAUCAUGCAUGUGUGUAAUGUAAAUAGGAUAGACUUUAUUUUUUGAGAAUGAAUUCAAGAAUAGAAGGCUAAUUAUAUUGUUUUCGGUAGGGGCAGAUCUUCUUGUGCUUCUUUUGUUCAAGAAUAGAAAUACUAGUCAAAUUUAUUUACCUUGCAUAUCCAUAGCCAUAAAGACAUUGUCAUAGUUGAUCAAUUACCCUUAAGUAAAUGAACACCCUAACAUCAAUAAGGAAAAUUUGAUCGUGGAGAGUAAUCAUCAAUCUAUUUAUAAAAUGACAAAGGAUCGCAAUUGUCAUUCUGAGAGUAUGCCUACAACUCCAAAAACUGAUCUUUAUUAGGUGGAAUUGCUGAGCUUUUUUCCUUAAGGGAUUGCGCUGGUUGCAUUAAAUGAUGAUAUUUAGUUUUGUAAUGAGAAUAUGAAAAAGAUAUUUGUUUAAGGAGAAAAUCAGCAAUCAAUUCUGUAAGCAAUAUACAAUUUGGAAGAACAAUAGAUUGUGGAAUAGGCAGAAAAAUAAUCAAUGGAACAACCACCCAAAUAAUCGAUGAGUUCGUUUUCAACAUUUCAACCUGUACCUAUACCGAAGACUUUAUUUAUAAAUGUAGCAAGGUCUCAAAAUAAGUAAUCAGGAACAGUAAUUCAAAAGUAAUUGAAAGAAAUGCCAUUGCCAAGAGCCAAAACAUAAUCGAAAAAGGAGACUAUUAAAAUAGAAGACACAUUUAUUUCUGAUAGUUGUGUGAUUGAGUAAGAGAUUCAAUGUAUGAAGAAGUAGAUUCAAAGAAAGGAAGUUUAGAAUUUGAUGAAGACUACUCAUGUGCAAGAACACAUAGUUGUGUUGGGGUAUAUACGAUCGGAGAAACAAAAGAGAAGAUAAAUAGAGAUUAAGUUGUAUUCUACGUUUAUGAAUGAUUGUCCUUACAUUCUCAUAGUUGCACGAGAUAUUACUCAUAGAGAUUACAUUCGAUCAUUAAAGAAUUACUGUAAUUAGAAAUCCAAGAUGCUGACUUUUGUGAGUCAUGAAUUCAGAACACCCUUGAAUUGUAUUAUCGAUUAACUGAAUGAGAGUUUGAGAGAGGAUUGCAGAAAUGCAUCAGAAACUAUCUUCUUGAGAAUUGCCUUGCAUACAGCCAAAUAACUGUUGAAUCUUUCUGAUGAUCUCCUUGAUUUGGCAUAGAUUAGAGCAGACAAAUUUAAGGCUGUGAAACAAAAGUUUAAUUUAAAGAAUAUGUUGAAGAGUUGUCUUGAGUUAUUCUCUGCCACUGCUGAAAAAUAAUAAAUAGUCUUGACUUUGAAUUACAAUGCACAUGUUCCGAAAAUCAUUGAAUAGGAUUCUAACAGGAUCAAAUAAAUAAUUACGAAUUUAAUCGGAAAUGCAUUCAAAUUCACUGCAAAAGGAAAUAUUACUUUAGAAGUAACCUAAGGGUAAGAUAGAAAGAGAAUCACUAUUUCUGUGGCAGACACUGGUAUUGGAAUCUCUGAUGAAGAUAAACUCAAAUUAUUUAAAGCUUUUGCUAAAAGUAAUAGUGAGGAGAGUAAGAAGAUGAAUAUAUAAGGUGUGGGUUUGGGGUUAUUGAUAAGCAAUUAAAUAUUAUAAAAUCUUAAUGGAGAUACUUAAAAUGGAUUAAAGGUUCACUCUUAAUUAUAUAAGGGGUCUACAUUUUAUUUUACAAUUUAAAUUUGUGAUGUACAAGAAAGCUUUUCACUUCAUGAAAUGGAAGAACGCAAUCAAGAGAGUGAAAAUUCCGAAGAGAACUCUUUGGUUGUUCCAGAUGAUGAUUAUCCUCAAAAGUUGAAAGUGAUUACAAAAAAGAUAAAUAUCAAGGCGUCAACUAAGGUUUCAAUUGCAGAUCCAAAGAUACUGAUUGUGGAUGAUGUGCAAUUAAAUGUAGAGAUGAUUGCACGCAUGAUAAAAGAUACGGCUGUAGAUUGGGCCUUGAAUGGAUAUCAAGCCAUACAGAAAUGCAAGGAAAGAAUCGAACACAAUUAAGAGUUGUAUAAGGUUAUACUUAUGGAUUUGGAGAUGCCAAUUAUGAAUGGAUUCUAAGUGUCAAAGGCUAUCUUAUCUUUGUGUGCUGAUUUGGGAGCGUCUACAACGAUUAUUGGGUGUUCGGCUUAUGACUCAGAAGAGUAGAUGCAGGAAUGUUUGAAGGUGGGGAUGACGGAGUAUUUACAUAAGCCUGUGAAAUAGAAGGCGCUUUAACAAAUCUUAUAUAAGUAUCUAUGA